AUGAGCUCUCCCUUGAAUCAACAUUUCCUCAAUUGCCUGUGGGUCUGCAUUUUUCAUGACUGUGGGCCAUUGGUGUCCUUGCGAAUUGCUUGUUCACACACUAGAACUUGUUGGUUUUUUUUUAAAACUGAAUAUUCAGUUUUCAUUGAUGUGUAAGACCUCUUCAUAGAUUAAGACUAUCGAACCAACCUUUAACCUAUGCUUUCCAAAUAUGCUUUCCCGAAUUUUUCACCGGAGUUGGUUGUUUUCCAUUAUUAGGGAGCCUCAGAAGCUUUUGCUUUCUGCUUUGUAUGCAGUCAAAUCUGUUGAUCUUUCUCUGUCCCUCUUUUUUUUUUUUUUUUUUUUUGUUCUGAUUUCUGCCUUUGGAGCUGUGUUUAGGUCGUAAUCAAAGGCCAUGCCUCAGUGUCUCAGGGAAGGUAUAUUUGCUUUUAUUGUCUUCUAACACUUGCUUGUUUUUUUAACGCUCCAAUCCUCAGCAUCUAGAGUGUACUUCAUGGAGGGAUCCAGCUCUGCGUUGUCCCCGGGUCUGGAUGACCCCAUGUGACCUCUAGAGCAUCCAAUGGCCUUUGGAGCUGCACCCCACCCCUGUGCUCCCCAAUGCUGUGCCAGCUCCUCCCUCCAGGGUCCUGCCCAGCCCUGCCCUGCGUGCCCACCCCCCCCCCAUGCCUCACACCUGCCUCUCUCCCCAGGCACCUGUGCUAAGCUGCGGCUACCCCUGCAAGCAACCUUCCAAGUCCUUCGUGGCGAUGGUGCUUCCGUGGGGACCGUGCUCAUGUUCCGCUGCCCCUCCAACCACCAGAUGGUGGGGUCUGGGCUCCUCACCUGCACCUGGAAGGGGAGCAUCGCUGAGUGGUCUUCAGGGUCCCCAGUGUGCAAACUGGUGCCACCACACGAGACCUUUGGCUUCAAGGUGGCCGUGAUCGCCUCCAUUGUGAGCUGUGCCAUCAUCCUGCUCAUGUCCAUGGCCUUCCUCACCUGCUGCCUCCUCAAGUGCGUGAAGAAGAGUGAGCAGCGGCACUCCAACAGGUCAGCCCAGCUGUGGUCCCAGCUGAAAGAUGAGGACUUGGAGACGGUGCAGGCCGCAUAUCUUGGCCUCAAGCACUUCAACAAACCCGUGAGCGGGCCCAGCCAGGCGCACGACAACCACAGCUUCACCACAGACCAUGGUGAGAGCACCAGCAAGCUGGCCAGUGUGACCCUCAGCGUGGACAAGGACCCUGGGAUCCCCAGAGCUCUGAGUCUCAGUGGCUCCUCCAGCUCACCCCAAGCCCAGGUGAUGGUGCACAUGGUGAACCCCAGACAGCCCCUGCUUGCCUCUGGGCUGGCCACAGGAAUGCCACAACAGCCCGCAGCAUAUGCCCUAGGGUGACCACGCAGUGAGGCUUGUGCCCAUGCUUCACACUGGGAGGCCAGGCUGACCCCACCAGCCCCUCAGCUGCAACUCCACAUCAAUUCCACAUGCGCCCAGCUCGAGACUGAUGAGUGGAAUCAGCUUCCAGGUGUAGGGACCCCUUGGGGGGCCAAGCUGACAUCCAAGGCUGAGGACCCCAGUGGGGAGUGUUCUGUUCCGACAUACCCUGGCCGUAACGAUUUUUAUAGUUAUGGACUACUUGAAACCACUACUGAGGGUAAUUUACCAGCUGUAGCCUCCCACUAACUAGCAUUCCUUUAAAGAGACUGGGAAAUGUUUUAAGCAAAUCUAGUUUUGUAUAAUAAAAUAAGAAAAUAGCAAUAAACUUUUCAGCAACUA